UCUACAAUGCUGUCAAAAUAAAAGUCCAACUCAACACAUUAAUGAAAUCACAUAUUAUCUUUUUAUUUUAAUAUUAACUUUUUCAUUAAGUCUAUCAACUAUAAAAUCUAUGAUUGAAAUAUAAAAUAGCGGACGUGACAGUGAAUUAACAGUGGAUUAAACAAGUAUAUAUCAGUAAUGGCUCCAUCGACAGAUUGGGAUGAGAUUAAACGUUUAGCAGCUGAUUUUCAGAAAGCCCAGCUAAGUUCUACUACACAAAGAUUAUCAGAAAGAAACUGUGUGGAAAUUGUCACAAAGCUCCUUGAACUUAAACUAAUUGAUGUUAUAUUUACAACUGAUGGUAAAGAAUAUUUAACUUCGCAUCAACUAUUAAAAGAAAUAAAAGAUGAAUUGUAUGUCCAUGGUGGACGAAUCAAUACAGUUGAUCUUUCCAAGGAAUUAAAUGUGGAUCUCAAUCAAAUUAAUGUUAGUGUUGCGGAGAUCAUCAAAGGAAAAGAAGUUCAACUUGUGGCGGGUUAUUUAAUAACUCAUUACUAUUUAGAAAAGAUUGCAAGAGAAAUUAAUGAGAAACUACAAUUACAAGGUCAGAUAACUAUAGGAGAAUUAACACUGCACUAUGAUUUACCAGCAGAACUACUACAGCAUAAUGUUGUAGAGAAGUACUUGGGGAAAAUUAUUAUUGGUAAACAAGAUCCUUCUGAGCCUAGAACAUUUUAUACAGAAGAAUAUAUUACAAGGACAAAAGCAAAGAUUCGUGGAGCUCUAACUGGGUUGUUAAAGCCAACUCCUGUAACUGUGAUAAUAAAUCACUGUAAUCUUGCAGACAGAUUGUUUUUGAACUUGUUUGAUCAAAUCAAUGCACCUGGGGUCCUAACAGGACGUCAGACUAGUGCACUUUAUGUGCCAUCAUGUUAUACCAAGUCACAAAAUGAUUGGGUUAUAAAUUUUUACAAACAAAAUAAUUAUCUUGAGUAUGAUGCAUUGUCACGUUUAGGAAUAUCUGAUCCUAAAGGCUAUGUAAAAAGAAUUUUAGUAAAUGAAGACCUUACUUUUCUUAGUUCUUGUGUAAUUGGUUCACAAAUAAAGCUACAAUUAGACACAGCUUUGGAAGAGUGCAUUUUAUCUAAGAGUUAUAUGGAUGUUGUUUCAUUGUUACCAUCUGUAUUGUCAGAUACUGAUAUUAUUAAUGUUAUUGAUGAACUGCUGAAAAACAACUCUAAAAGCACUAUAUUAUUUGAAAACACAGUUUUCAGUAAUCAUUUCAUUGAAACACUUAAACAGAACUGUAUGUUUAUGACUGAAAAGAAAGCAGAAGCAGUGGUAAAAUCAGGAAAAUAUCAACAGUUUAUACUGGACAAGCAGAUUAACAAGGCAUCAGAUAUGUCACAAGCAACACAUGUUGAUCACAAAGCGGAGAGAAGAGAAGAGCGGCGGAGAAAAGCUGCUUCAGGAAAAGGUGGUGGUGGAACUCAAGGACGUGAAACGAAAACUAAAGCUGUUAAAAAACAUUACAAGUCCAAGCAUGCUGCUCAUGAUUCAGACUCAGAUGAGGCACCUAAUAUAACGAAAAAAAACAAAGCAGAUUUAGAAAUUGUCACUGUUGAAGAUGUAGAAACAAUUAUUAAACAAAUAUUAGAUAAUGAAGGACUUGAUGAUCUUCUUACUCCCAUUUCUGAAUAUAUUCAAAGGAGCCUCAACCAAACUGCUUUGGCAUUGGCAAAAGAAAUUGCUGAUAAACUUAUUCAAGAUAAAAGUCAAAAUAGAAAACAGACCCAUGGAUUGACUCAAGACAAAAUCAAUAUUUUAAUUAACGACAUUAAACUCUAUGAGAAGGGUUUCAAAUUAAUGUCAUCUGACCAACAGCCACAAUUUAUCAAAUAUUUGUUGAAAUCAUUGGGUGGUGACAUUCUUGCUGAAUUUUGUAAAUACGCUGCAAAUCAAUGUAAUCUAUCUGUUCAAGUUGACACACUUACAGUUGAACAGAGAAAUAAGAUCAUCAAUGACCUACCAGAUGAAUACAAGAAGCCUUUGGCUGCAUUAAAUAAUACUCUAUUAGAUCAAAAUAUGGAGUUGUUUUAUCAAUCUGUUGAUGUAUGUUUGUCAGAAUGUGGCAUGAUACUAAAGAAAGUGGAUAAAAAAAAAGACAAAUUAUUAAUUUUGAAUCACAGGGAAAAAUUGAUAGCAGAAUUAGAAGUUUGUGGUGAGCCUGCUUUAUGUCUACAUAUAGCUGUUUUAGCAAUAUUCACUAUUUUGACUCAAAGUAUGUUACAUGCAUCAGGUAGACAAGUGCCUAUAAUAAUAUCAUUUUUGAAAACACAGAUAAAGGAAGAAGACUUCAAGAGACUUCAGUGUUAUCAUGAACUAGUUACAAAAUUUCUGACUUCUUCUGCAGAAGAGAAAAUUGAUAUUGAAGAUAAAUUAAAAGAAGAACUACCUGCAUUAAAAUACAUGCUGCAAGAAAUUAAAAAGUAUAAAUAAAUAACUAUGUAUUAUUAAACCAUUGUUGCAAUUGUAAGUUUGAUAUACAUACAUAUAAAUACAA